AUGCAUCCCAUUUUAUCUUCAAUNGAGUUGAAAAACUCUUUGCCGAGUUCUACAAGUGCACUCGUUGCUUAUGAUGAAGACGGCCAUGUUAAAAGGACCNGAAAUUUAUGGAGUGCNGUGGCUCACAUCAUCACUGCUGUUAUUGGGUCUGGCGUUCUAUCUCUUGCCUGGAGCACUGCCCAGUUGGGAUGGAUUGGAGGGCCACUUGUAGUGCUUUUUUGUGCAAUCGUCAUCUACGUUUUUUCAUCCCUCCUUUCUGAUUGUUAUAGAACUUCUGAUUCUGGGAAAANAAACUACUCAUACAUGGAUGCUGUUAGAAUCAAUCUUGGUAAAAGAAUGACAUGGUUGGCUGGUUUCCUUCAAUUUUUGAUCUUGUAUGGGACUAGUUGUGCUUAUGUACUUACUACUGGAAAUAGUUUAAGAGCAAUUCUGGGAGCAAAUUGUUAUCACAAGGAAGGGCAUCAAGCUCCUUGUGCUUAUGGGAGCAAUAUUUAUAUGAUGAUGUUUGGAAGUGUUCAAAUUGUAAUGUCAUUCAUUCCAGACCUCCAUAACAUGGNAUGGGUCUCAGUUUUUGCAGCAGUUAUGUCCUUUGCAUACUCCUUAAUUGGACUAGGACUUGGCUUGGCAAAGGUUAUAGAAAAUGGAAGAAUUAUGGGGAGCAUAACAGGAAUACCAGCUACUAACAGUGCUAACAAGUUAUGGUUAGUCUUCCAAGCACUUGGUGACAUUGCUUUUGCUUAUCCAUAUGCUUUGCUCCUUCUUGAGAUACAGGACACUCUGAAGUCUACUCCACCGGAAAAUCAAACCAUGAAAAAGGCUUCCAUGGUUGCAAUCAUUGUGACAACAUUCUUCUACCUAGCUUGUGGAUGCCUUGGAUAUGGAGCUUUUAGAAAUGGUACACCAGGGAACAUCUUGACAGGGUUUGGGUUUUAUGAGCCUUAUUGGCUUGUUGCCUUUGCUAAUGCUUGCAUUAUUCUUCAUUAUGCUAAUGCUUUAAUGUCACACUUGUGGUUCUAGCGGNAUC